AUGCCCGAGCAGCUCAGCGUCGCCGAGUUCCUGGCCGUCACGGCAGAGGACCUCAGCUCCCCGGGCGGGGCUGCUGCCUUCGCUGCCAGGAUGCCCCGGUGCCGUGGGGCAGCCCUGGCGCGGGAGGAGAUGCUGGAAGGAGACCAGGCCAUCUUGCAGAGAAUCAAGAAGGCCGUGCGUGCGAUCCAAAGCUCCGGCCUGGGCCACGUCGAGAACGAGGAGCAGUACCGAGAGGCCGUGGAGUCCUUGGGCAACAGCCACCUGUCCCAGAACAGUCAUGAGCUGUCCACCGGCUUCCUGAACUUGGCCGUGUUCACCCGCGAGGUAGCCGCACUCUUCAAGAACCUGGUUCAGAACCUGAACAACAUUGUCUCUUUCCCCCUGGACACUCUGUUGAAGGGGCAGCUGAGAGACGGACGACAGGAUUCCAAAAAGCACCUGGAGAAGGCAUGGAAGGACUACGAAGCCAAAAUGGCCAGGCUGGAGAAGGAGAGGGACCGGGCCAGGGUGAUAGGAGGGAGUACCGGGGAGGUGGCCCCGGACACGCAGAGAGAGCGACGUGUCUUCCAGUUGCACAUGUGUGAGUAUCUGCUGAAAGCCGGGGAGAGCCAGAUGAAGCAAGGUCCUGAUUUCCUGCAGAGCCUCAUCAAAUUCUUCCACGCUCAGCACAACUUUUUCCAAGAUGGCUUGAAGGCAGCUCAGAGCCUGUCUCCCUUCAUCGAGAAGCUGGCAGUCUCGGUACACACACUGCGUCAAGCCCAGGAGGAGGAGCUACAGAAGCUGACCCAGCUCCGGGACUCCCUCCGAGGGACGCUGCAGCUCGAGAGCAGAGAGGAGAGUCUGAGCCGGAAGAACUCGGGAGGUGGCUACAGCAUCCACCAGCACCAAGGCAACAAGCAGUUUGGGACAGAGAAGGUUGGCUUUUUGUACAAGAAAAGUGAUGGAAUUCGAAGAGUCUGGCAGAAAAGGAAGUGUGGAGUCAAGUAUGGCUGCCUGACCAUCUCACACAGCACGAUAAACCGGCCCCCAGUGAAGCUGACCCUGCUAACAUGCCAAGUAAGGCCAAACCCCGAGGAGAAAAAGUGCUUCGACCUGGUGACCCACAACAGGACGUACCACUUCCAGGCGGAGGAUGAACAUGAGUGUGAGGCGUGGGUGUCUGUGCUGCAGAACAGCAAGGACGAAGCCUUGAGCAGUGCCUUCCUCGGGGAGCCUGGCAGCGGCUCGGGGCCCUGGGGGGCCGCCGGGCUGGACAGGGAGCCCCAGGACCUGACGAAACUGCUCAUCGCCGAGGUCAAGAGCAGGCCCGGGAAUGGCCAGUGCUGCGACUGCGGGGCUGCAGACCCCACCUGGCUCAGCACCAACCUGGGCGUGCUCACCUGCAUCCAGUGCUCGGGCGUCCACCGUGAGCUGGGCGUGCGCUUCUCACGCAUGCAGUCCCUUACCUUGGACCUGCUGGGCCCCUCGGAGUUGUUGCUGGCCCUGAACAUCGGAAACACUCGCUUCAAUGAGGUCAUGGAGGCCCAGCUGCCCUCGCACGGCGGCCCUAAACCCUCAGCUGAGAGUGACAUGAGCACCCGCAGGGACUAUAUUGUGGCCAAGUAUGUGGAACACAGGUUUGCCCGGAGGUCAACCCCCGAGCCUCAGAGACUCUGGACAGCCAUUUGCAACCGGGAUCUCCUGUCUGUGCUGGAGGCCUUUGCUAAUGGGCAGGACUUUGGACAGCCACUGCCAGGGCCCGAGGGGCAGGCACCUGGAGAGCUCGCCCUGCACCUGGCUGUCAGAGUCGCCAACCAGGCCUCCCUGCCCCUGGUGGAUUUCAUCAUCCAAAAUGGUGGUCACCUGGAUGCCAAGGCUGCUGAUGGGAACAGCGCCCUCCACUGCGCUGCUCUCUACAACCAGCUCGACUGCCUCAAGCUGCUGCUGAAAGGGAGAGCCUCAGUGGCCACAGUGAAUGACGCAGGAGAGACGGCUCUGGACAUAGCCAGGAAGAAGCAGCACAAGGAGUGUGAGAACCUGCUGGAGCAGGCCCAGGCUGGGACCCUCACCUUCCCCUUGCACUUGGACUACCCCUGGGGAAUUUCCACAGAGCCUGGCUCUGACAGUGAGGAGGAUGAGGAAGAGAAGCGCUGUGCACUGAAGCCCCCGGCCCAGGCCCGCUGGACCAGUGGGAGGCUGGACAUCAGCAACAAGACCUAUGAGGCCAUCACCAGCCUGGGACCAGCUGCCCCUGAGAGCCAGAGUGAGGAUCGCCCCCCACCUUUGCCGGUCAAAAACCCUUCUCGGACCAUGGCCCACGGGCGUGUGGGACAUGCCAGUGGAGAUCGUUCUGAAAUUCCCAGCCUGAGCUCAGAGUCCCUUGGGGCCUCUGAGAACCUGAGCAGCCCAGCCUCCUCCUCCUCCAGCCUCACAAGCCCCGUGGAACCUGGGGGUCCCAACGAAACCCUACCCAGCUCUGAAGAGGGCCCCUGCGAGCCCCCAGGCCCUUCCCGCCCCAGCCUGACAUCUGGAACCUCUCCUGCAGAGAUGUAUCCCCCGGUCAGGUUCAGCUCCGAGAGCACGCGCUCCUAUCGGCGGGGGCGGAGCCUGGAAGAGUGUCCCUCAGUCCAGCAGCCUGUACCCGGAAGGAACGUGAGGGUCAGCUUCCCUGAAGGAGAUGGCUCGAGGACUGGGGUUCUCCUGCCAAGUUCUGUGCAGCUUUUGCAGGACUAGCUCCUUGCUGGCCCUUGCAUGCCUGAACCACCC